UAAAACGGGGUCAGGACAAUCCACCUGACCCACAUACGGUGUUAUGCAAGGAGCUGUAGUGAUGUUUGGUAUCUUGUUACAGGUUAUGGUUUACAGUGCCUCCUGUAGACCCCAGUUAUAGUGUGAGGACAUAUUUCUGCUUCUUUUUUUUUCUUCACUUUUAUUAUAAAGUUGAAGAGUGGUGGUACUCCUCUCUCUCUCUCCGUGAAAAGAAAGUGAUGGAAAGUUGAUUGAAAUCUGAUGACAAGAAAGAACUAUUGACGUGUUAUUCUCGGUGUGUCUCGAGUGUUGUGGUGAUGGUGAUGUGGUGAUGGUGUUGUGACCAGAAACUUCACGAGUGUUAUAGUGACAUCACCUGCAGGUUGUGUGUGUGUGUGUGUGUGCUGGCCGACCACCGCAUUGAGGACACCACAAUAUUGCCACCAAGUGAGCGCCUCUCACACGUACAGACCUGAGGUACGUGUCUGGCACUACUGGUCCGUGUCCGCCUGGCACAGUUGGUGACACCAGACACACGGGUGCUGGCGACGGUGAGUGUCCAGGAGGCUGACACACGAGACAUGUGCGUCUAGCCAUGGAUGCCACGCGGGAGUUUACGUGGGGCGGUGGUGGUGCUGGUAGUGUUGAGGGCGGCAGCUACCCGACGCGGACGGUGCUGGUAGUGGGCGGCGGUGGUGGGGGCGUGCGUGGGCGGCAGUCUCAGAGGGGCGUGUACAGGGCCCUCUCUGGCGUCACCUUCCAGGACCUGGAUAUUUACAUGCGUCAAGCGUCGUCAUGUAAUGAACCUAUCCUGGUGACGGAGGAGGACGAGGGGCUCGACUCCUUGGAAAGCCACGCCCACACUCUCACGCCCUCGCCUGACCCCGCCCAUCGUGGUGUGGGUCAGGCGGGGCACACAGAGGGCGGCUACUUCAGCCUUGAACGUUGCCUGAGUGACGAGGACGCAGCUCAUCUUCACGAUUCUCUAGAGAACUUAAGACAUCAACAUCCACCUCCGCCCUCUGUCCACCACCCCCUCCCUUCGAACUACCCGCAACCGUACCCACACUACCCUCAGCACCACAAGGUUCCUGACCAGAGUUAUGGACCAAUGCCCACCUACGUCAACCCGGCCUUCCAGCACCAGCCAGCUUAUGUCACCCCUCACCAGUGUCACGAGUACCAGGCUGGUGACGGCACCUAUAUACCCGUAGGGAGGAACUACCCCCCAAACAUGGGCCAUUUUCCCUCCGAGGGCGACUACGGCCCCAACAUGGUGUAUCCUCAGAGAGAAAAUUAUCCUACAGUGGAGGACUCCAUGGGCAGGAUUAUCUACGAUCGACAGGUAAGGGACGUUUAUCCUGCACCUGCCUCGUACCCACCCAGGGAGAGCUACCCACAUAAGACGAGCUACGUGUACCCCAACUACCCCCAGAGGGGCCCCUCACAGCCACCGCCCUCUCAUGAGCCCUCAGAUAAGGAGGAAGAUCCUAGACGAAAGGCGAGCGUCCUGAGCGCCGACUCCCUGGAAGAUCUUCCUUUAAGUCCCACGUCGCCCUUGUCGCCCCAGCCGCCGGUAGAAGGUCGUAAGAGCCAUUGUUACAAAGAUUCCCUCGAGGACGUCCGGCCGCGUCUUGUUAGUGAACUGCGGCAGUUCUUUGAGCGGCGGAAGUCGACAACAAGUAACAGUAGCCCUGAGUCUGAGUGUCUCCAGGAGAGUAGGACAGAGGAAGAAGAAGAAGAAGAGGAGGAGGAUGAAGAAGAGGAUCAAGAUUUUGAUAAUCAAAGAAGAAAGUCAAGUUCUACGGAGGUUCAGGUGGACAUGGCGUCUUCUAUAAUUACUGACAAGAACACCUCAGAAAACAGUGACAGUUCUGACGAGACAAGUUCUACCCAGGAGGACGCCCCGUCCUCCACCCACUCCUCCUCCUCUGAAGACCCGACAAAAGGUUUAUACGAAGAAGAUAGUGAUGCGAGCGUCCCUGUUGUGAAGCCUCGCCUCGGGGACGUUGCCUUCCUGAGAGCAACUCAAGACACCCCACAGACACUUCUCGCGUCAACAAGACUCGUCCAGGCUACACUCAAGCCAGCUGUCAAGGCUACCACCUUCUUCAUUAGUUUAGGAAGCAAGUUCAAGGUUCCUGAGUUUGAAAAUUCGAACAAAGACGUGAAAGAAAACAUCAAUCCAGGAACAGAGAAAACUGAUGUACAAGUUGAGAGGAAGAGUUGGUCGAGUGGGAGUAAAGACGGACAGAGUUCAUCAGAGACGACCGAGGAAGAGUUUCUGUGCAACACUGACUCAAGUGAUCCAGCUGACUACCAGGAGUCUCGGCUGAUCCUCCGUCACUUUGUCUCCAACUGGGAGAGUGAGUCGCCGCCUCCUGACAACGACUCCGACAUAGAUGAGUUCUUCCUGGUACUCGACUCUACUGGCGGGAAGGGCAACUUCAGCUUCCCCUCAGGAAGCUCCUCCAUAAUAUCUUCGUUGGGUAGUUCCUUGUCUGACCAGAAGUCUGACACUAACUACUCCAACGACCAGGACUCUUAUGAUGACGGUAACCUGGCGGACAUCGGUGAGCCAGACACCACCUCCAGCUCGGGGCUCAGUCCAGUCCUCGAGUCCACUACUGACGAGAGUUCCCCUCAGACCCCGGACGGCCUGGAGCCUCCUGACGAGAAGGAUGGCUUCCUCGACACCUCCCCCCACAAUGUUAUAGUGAAGCCUUUUUUAGGAUUAGGUAAGGGCAGUGCUCGUGCGUCUCACGCGGGUUCUGUCCUGGGUAGCCAACAAAAACACGCCGCUGGUCAACAUCGACUCCUCCCCAUACACGAGGAGCCUCGUCUGUCCAGCCAAGAAUUUGAGACCAUCAUUGACACCGUCUUGUGUGACAGUGAUGACGAGUGUUGUCGUCAGCCUCCUGCCGGCACCACUAACACACCACUUAGCCAAGUACAUACUAACCCGCCCUCAGUAGCUGACGUAGUGUGCUCGUCCUCUCCGUCCAGUGACACAGGAGCGUCCUGUGAGACUCUCCAGUGUACAGAGGAUGACGUCACCACACCUGUAGGGUCGAGGGACACACUGUGCGCCUCUGAUGAACCAUACAGUAAGGCGUCCUCCGCCACAGCGUCACCCACCAGUGAACAGGAUCACAGGGGACAGUCAGCGGGUCUGGUGACGUGCAGUCAGCCAGACAAUUCACACUCACACAUCAGUUACGCAUAUCCAUGUUAUAUACGAGAAAAUGAGGUCACCUGUGUCAGUCGUCCGUGCGGCCGCGGUGAAGCAAGCGGCACAGCUGCUGACCCUCGCCUGGCUGCCCUCACCACUGCCGCACUCGCCUCAUACACUUUCGAUUUCACUGCCGUGGACCAGCCUACCCCUGACCUUGAGGCCCUGGCCACCCUGAUAGUUGAGCGGAUUAUGAGUGGCACCCUACCAUCGACCAGUAGCAGCCAGAGUGGGUCAGGAGGUACUAGAGCUCACCACACCAGCGAUACUCACUCUGCCACACUGGACUGUGAUGACGUUAUCGUGACUAGGUCAGUUGCCGCCAGUGCAGACUGUGGCUCGGUCCACCUCGCCCGCUCAGUGCCUCACACUUGUACAGCCGCGCCACACAACCAUGUAAAUAGUGGUGAAAGUGAAGGAACUGCCGCUUCAUUUACCAGUAAGGUGUUACAGCAGUUUAUUGCCGACGGGUCUAGCAGGAAGUCCGUCGGCGGUGAGGAGGUGUGUUGUGGUGCAGUGAGCGUUAGUGUGAGCACACCGCGUGUAGACAACAGUAUGAGUGAUCUUACGAUAAGCAGCAACAUGAAUCAGUCAACUUACUGUGAGGAAGGACACAGUGUGUGUAGUGAAGUGUUGAGGCAGGACGACAGUGCCCUGGACACUGUUGAUAUAGUUAGUGAAGGACAGUGCCAGCAGGUGUCGCGCCAGUCCUCAACAACUUCUGAUAUUGGAGACGAGAUCCUCACCGACGUGGAGUCCUCGUGCGGCUAUGAUAAACCUUACUCGGUAAAAUGUGUCGGCAGUGAGGGUAGUUCUCUCAUACCUCAGUAUGAAGCUCCCAGACCUGUGUUUCCCAGGAAAAGCUCAGUUUGUGAUUCUGUUGAGAGUCGUAAAACAUCUUUGAGUUCAACCAUUACAACACCUGACGAAGACGUUACCGAGAUGUCCCUGUGUGACGUCUUGGACAGGAGACUUUCGACUUCCUCAGGUGUAUCGUCACUAUCAGAGAACAGUGGAAGGAAGUUCUCGUAUUCCUCAGGUGUUUCAGCCGUGUCAGAUGACUGGGAAUGGUUCCCCGGGCGUAAGAGAAGUCUCAAAGGUCAGACAAUUCUCUCCGACUUUAGACAUGUGUUCUGUGACUCUGGUGGCGGAAGUGAAUUACGCAGAAUGUCUAGUGCCAGCGCCGCCUCAACCCAAAGUUCUGGCGUAGGAUCAAUGUCUGGCUCUAUGUUUGACGCGAGUGCGGGUGAAGGACGCAAGUAUUCGGUGAGUUCAGGUGUGUCUUGUCUCUCCAAGAUCAAAGAGGAAACUAAGUCAGUCACAGACGUCGACCUCAACAGACUUGAAUCCUUUGAAGAGAACCAACUUAUGUCCGGACCUGAAGGCGAUCAACUUGUGUCCGGACCUGAAGGCAAGGAAACCUGUCACAGUAUAACACUUGAUGGUAAACGCCUCAGUCUCCCGCCUCCAGUGUGGCCGCGGGGAAACCACCAUGACGCGGCUCACUCCACUGCUGACAACACUCCCUCUCUCUCGGGAUCAAAGAAUUGGGACACAAAGUUGAGGAAUGACACCCCGGAAUUUAUCUUAAAGAGAGCAGAGAUACUGAAGAACACACAAGCUGCGUCACGGACAGACUUAAAGCUCGACCUACCGUUGAUCUGUCCCUCCACUUGUCCCCUCAGAAGGAAGGAUUACCUGGGGGAGGACGACUGUGCUCACCUUCACGGCCACGACAAUAAAGACAGACGGAAAUCAUUAAAUUUUGUACCCAAACUUAUCACACCGAGACCUAAGACAAGUCGACCCAGAAGACUGACUUUACAUACUUUUGAGAAUAUUGCUGAGCAGUGGAGGAGACAACAAGGUGUGAACGAAGACUUAAGUAAUAAAACUGAAUCUGUUUCUAACUUGAGGAGCAUCGAGCCUCCACCUGAGGACAUGAGUAAAGAAAUGGAGUUCAGACUCAACCUGGUGCGAGAUUUGGAGAAGCUUGAGGCGGAGAUCGACGCUGAGGUUCAGGCCUUAGAGUCGGGGUCUGUACAGGCCAAGGAUGACGAGGACUCAGCCUCCAUCAUCGUGGUGUUUGACAGUAGCGAGUCAGUAGCGUCGGCAGGCAGUGUCCCUCGCACUGGGUCAGGAAACUCUGGCAGGGAGGAGGACACCUCCAUCGAUUCAGACGCCGAGGCUGCAGACGCCCCCAGGGAGACCCUGAAGUCAAGUCUGCAUCAUUAUGACUCCCUUCGUCCCGGAGUUGACGACGAACCAACGAGUGAAGAUAAAUGUCUCGAGAGAGGUGCUGGGGACGACCAUAACAAGAGCAAAUCAAAGGAAACAUCAGUAGAGUCCGGUCCAUUUACUCCACUGUCAGACUCAAAGUCCCUUCCAGAUUUACUGGAAGCUGAUGAAGCCGGGUUGCUGGACUCUGCUGCCCCGAGUGACGCCGGUGUUAAGCGCCGAGAGAACUUUAAGCCGGCCAAGAGUAUGGAGACAUUGGUCAAUGUUGAAAUUGUUCCUUGUAGCAACUACGAGUUUAGUGAGGUCACGUUCCCAGCCAUGGUUGGCAUCGAUGAACUGGAGGAACAGGAGGUAGUGGAGAACUUCUCUGACGAAGAUGUUGUGUCUGGCGGAGACUUCGAGGUGUUCUCAGAGACCGAGCACGACACAGACAUGGAUAACCUCAACCUGGAGCUGUUUGAGCCGAGUGUCGUUGGGGACAAAGUUGACGGUAAGAUGUUGUCCAAGAGACAGAGGAAACUGAAGAAGUUAAGAAGGAAAUUUAGCUUCAGUACGACUGAGAAACAGUCUAAGGACAUCAAGGACACAAUAACGUCUUCACUUAAACGGUUCAAGGACGCCAAGCACAAGAUCGAAAAACUGGUGACCAAGACCCUGAAAAGUGAUGCCCCGCCCCCUCACUCCUCCGUAGAGUCUCUCGAGGCACCUCCACUCCUCCAGACCUCAGGGCCCCUGGCCGGCCAUGGUAACACCUCUGGUCAUCGUGCCGGAGAACUUCUGGAGCCAAGUGAUUCACAUUCGUCCAAGACUUCAACCCUGGACUACACUGAGUCUCGGACCUCAGACCAGUCAGGGUCGGUGGGGGGCGUGUCCCGCAACACCUCCAAGUCCUCUGACGGAGCCUGGGACACCAUGAGGCUCCUGGACGGUCACGAGUCCACUUACUCCUGGUCAGAUGCCGAUAGUGAUUUUGAGUUUGUGGCGAUGGAGCCGCCCAGGACCAUGGUGGUGUAUAAAGACCCGACCGAGACCAGUGACAAGGAGAGUGUUGGGGCGCCUCAGCCCAGCCCUCACCUGUCCAGCUCUUCCUCUACUGAAGACCGCGAGGUACGGCUGUGUCACCGUCCCAGUAACUCAAUACGGACAGACAAGGUUCCUCUGGCCACCUGGGAGCCCUUCUUCUGCGUCCUUCUGCAGGAUGAGACCACCUUCACCUCCUACCGCUCUGAGGAAAUGGCCGUGACAAGGUACCACAGACAGGGUGCCAAUAUGACAGGGUGCCAACAGGUGAAGGUGCCAACAGGUGACAGGGUGACAGGACAGGGUGACAAGGUGCCAACAGGUGACAAGGUGCCAAUAGGUGACAAGGUGCCAACAGGCGUGCCAACAGGUGACAGGGUGCCAACAGGUGACAAGGUGCCACAGGGUGACAAGGUGCCACAGGGACAAGGUGCCAUAGGUGACAAGCCAACAGGACAGGUGCCAACAGGUGACAAGGUGCCAACAGGUGACAAGGUGCCAACAGGUGACAGGGUGCCAACAGGUGACAAGGUGCCAACAGGUGACAAGGUGCCAACAGGUGACAAGGUGCCAACAGGGGACAAGGUGCCAACAGGUGACAAGGUGCCAACAGGUGACAGGGUGCCAACAGGUGACAAGGUGCCAACAGGUGACAAGGUGCCAACAGGUGACAAGGUGCCAACAGGUGACGGGUGCCAACAGGUGACAAGGUGCCAUCAUGACAAAGUGCCAACAGGUGACAAGGUGCCAACAGGUGACAAGGUGCCAACAGGUGACAAGGUGCCAACAGGUGACAGCAACAAGGACAAGGUGCCAACAGGUGACAAGGUGCCAACAGGUGACAAGGUGCCAACAGGUGACAGGUUGCCAACAGGUGACAAGGUGCCAACAGGUGACAAGGUGCCAACAGGUGACAAGGUGCCAACAGGUGACAGGGUGCCAACAGGUGACAGGGUGCCAUCAAGUGACAAGGUGCCAUCAUGA